GGCGAGAAGUCGUAUAUUAUGGAAAAAGACAGACGCAGAGACAGUGGUGAAAGAACAUAGCAAAAUACAAGGGCAACGUCUGCAAAAUCCAUCUUCAUCUUCGGAAAAGCAAGUCGGGAUGAUAUCGAAAAUAGCAAGAGCAUAAACUACACACGUUAACCUUCAAAACAAACCCAGUAUUAUGAUUUUAUGACAUUAGGAUUGUUUUAAAACGAGAGGUGAAAGAUAGUUUGUUGGAUUGUAGCUAGGGACAGUGCUACUAUAUCCGGAUAGAUAGAGACUACGGGAAGCAGAAAGAAGAGAGAAAAAUAAACCGUUUCUGGAAAUAAUUUUGUCUUUAAAAAAAUAUUUGGACUGAAACUUUCUUGGACUUUUGCCUGAAACAUUUUUUGUGGAUUUUGAGCUAGCUAUAAAUUCUCAAUCAUGGAAUUGAGAGUGGGAAACCGAUACAGACUGGGCAGAAAAAUUGGAAGUGGAUCGUUUGGAGAUAUUUAUUUGGGUACUGAUAUCUCAGUAGGAGAGGAGGUGGCCAUCAAGCUAGAAUGUGUGAAGACCAAACACCCGCAGCUCCACAUCGAGAGCAAGAUCUACAAGAUGAUGCAGGGAGGAGUGGGUAUCCCAACGAUAAAGUGGUGUGGGGCGGAGGGUGACUACAACGUGAUGGUGAUGGAGCUGUUAGGCCCCAGUCUGGAAGACCUGUUCAACUUCUGCUCCCGCAAGUUCUCCCUGAAGACUGUCCUGCUGCUGGCUGACCAGAUGAUCAGCCGUAUAGAGUACAUCCACUCUAAGAACUUCAUCCACAGAGACGUGAAGCCAGACAACUUCCUGAUGGGCCUGGGCAAGAAGGGUAACCUGGUGUACAUCAUUGACUUUGGCCUGGCCAAGAAGUACCGUGACGCCCGCACACACCAGCACAUCCCCUACCGCGAGAACAAGAAUCUGACCGGCACAGCACGCUACGCAUCCAUCAACACACACCUGGGAAUCGAGCAGUCUCGUCGUGAUGACCUGGAGUCUCUUGGCUAUGUCCUGAUGUACUUCAACCUGGGCAGUCUGCCCUGGCAGGGCCUGAAGGCUGCCACUAAGAGACAGAAGUACGAACGCAUCAGUGAGAAGAAGAUGUCUACCCCCAUCGAGGUCCUCUGUAAAGGAUACCCAUCUGAGUUUGCCACGUACCUGAACUUCUGCCGUUCUCUGCGGUUCGAUGACAAGCCAGACUACUCUUACCUCAGACAGCUGUUCAGGAACCUGUUCCACAGACAGGGCUUCUCCUACGACUACGUCUUCGACUGGAACAUGCUCAAGUUUGGCGCCAACAGGGCAGCGGAGGAUGCAGAGAGGGAGAGGAGAGCCGGUGAGGACAGACUGAGACAGGGACAGGCCAGGGCCCCUGCAGGGGCCAGAGGGAUCCCCUCCGCCUCCGGACGACCCAGAGGAGCACAGGACGCAGCCGCACCCGCACCCCUUACACCCACCUCACACACAGGUAUGGAGCGAGAGAGGAAGGUCAGCAUGCGUCUUCACCGUGGAGCUCCUGUCAACAUCUCCUCCUCAGACCUGACUGGACGACAGGACUCACGCAUGUCCACCUCACAGAAUAGCAUUUCCUUCGAUCAUCAUCUGAGAAAGUAGCAGCUCGUCACGUCCUGGUGUGAACGGCUGGCUGGCUGCACCCGGCUCUCUCUCGUGUCACCCCCAGUGGCCUCCAGUCAGCAGCCCCUCGAUGAGUCCCUCUGUCCCCCAUCACCACCACCAUCACCCUGGAGGGUUAAACCAUGACGACCCUGACCAUACCACCUCCCAACACACACACUUCAAUACCUGGAGGGUUAAACCAUGAUGACCCUAACCAUACCACCUCCCAACACACACACUUCAAUACCUGGAGGGUUAAACCAUGACGACCCUAACCAUACCACCUCCCAACACACACACUUCAAUACCUGGAGGGUUAAACCAUGCAGGACCCUGACCAUACCACCUCC